AUGCAUGCGGUUACUGAACAAAAUGGUGGUGUGUUUUUCUUAUAUGGUUACGGAGGUACUGGCAAAACUUUUAUGUGGAACACACUUUCAGCAGCAUUGCGUUCCAAUCGCGACAUUGUUUUAAACGUUGCAUCAAGUGGAAUAGCAAGUUUACUUCUUCCAGGAGGGAGAACUGCACAUUCUAGGUUCAAAAUUCCUGUUCCAUGUCUUGAUUCAUCUAUUUGUGACAUUCCAAAAAAUUCAGAUCUUGCAGGGUUGUUGCAAUUAACUAAGUUGAUUAUAUGGGAUGAGGCGCCAAUGGCUAACAAAUGUUGUUUUGAAUCCCUUGACAAGUCAUUGAAAGAUAUUAUGGGUACUGCUGAAAAUCCAUGUAAAAAGAUCUUUGGAGGUAAGGUUGUAGUUUUUGGUGGUGAUUUCAGACAAAUUCUACCGGUAGUACCAAGAGGUACUAGGUCUGAUAUUGUUCAUUCAACAAUAAAUGCUUCUUAUAUUUGGGAACAUUGCAAGGUUCUAACGCUUACAAAAAAUAUGCGUUUGGUAUCUGGUUCUAUCUCCAACAAUGCUGAAGAGAUUGAAAGUUUCUCUAAAUGGAUCUUAGAUGUUGGAGACGGUAAGCUCUCAGAACCAAAUGAUGGAUAUGCUGCAAUUACUAUUCCCACUGAAUUACUGUUAUCAGAUUUUGUGGACCCCAUUGAGGCAAUUGUUACCAGUACUUACCCUAACAUCCUUGAUAAUCUCACCAAUCCCGAUUACCUUCAGAGUAGAGCUAUUUUGGCUUCCACUAUAGAGAUUGUUGAUUUAAUCAAUGAUUACAUCACUGAUCUUCUUCCAGGUGAAGAAAAGGAGUAUCUAAGUAGUGAUUCUAUUGAUAGAUCAGAUGCUAAUGACAAUGAAGCUUUUGAGCAUUUGACUCCAGAAUUGUUAGGUUGCUUAAAAACUUCUGGUUUGCCAAAUCAUUGUAUGAAGUUAAAGAUUGGCACAACCAUAAUGUUGAUCAGAAAUCUGGAUCAAUCAGAGGGAUUAUGCAAUGGCACUAGAUUGACGGUGACAAGACUAGCUAAUCAUGUCAUCGCGGCUAAGAUUAUUUCAGGUACCCAUGUUGGCAACACUAUUUACAUACCUAGAAUGUCUUUGUCUCCUUCUCAGUCACCUUGGCCAUUCAAGCUUAUUAGGAGACAAUUCCCCAUAAUUGUUUCUUUUGCAAUGACAAUUAAUAAAUCUCAAGGGCAAUCAUUAGACUAUGUUGGUUUAUAUCUACCAAAAGAUGUCUUUAGCCAUGGACAACUUUAUGUGGCAAUGUCAAGAGUCAAAAGCAAAGGUGGUUUGAAAAUCUUAAUCCAUGACAAAGACAAUACACCAUUAUCUAAAACUACUAAUGUGGUUUUUAAAGAAGUUUUUCACAACGUUGUUUAG